CGGUGGUUACCUUUUCUUUUUAAAGAUAGAUAUGUAAUUUAAAAUCUCAUUUAUAAGCGCUGCAGAGUCCUGUUCAUGCUGGGUCAGGAGUCUGCGUACUCAAGGAAAACUUGUGCUGAGUCUGAUUUCACUUGUGACAAUGGCCACUGCAUCCCCGCCAGGUGGAAAUGUGAUGGUGAAGAAGAAUGUCCUGACGGGUCGGAUGAAUCGGAAGCAGCGUGCACCAAGCAAGUAUGUCCAGCUGAAAAAAUUAGCUGUGGAGACUUAAGCAACAAAUGUAUCCCGUCGUCCUGGAGAUGUGAUGGGCAGAAGGACUGUGAGAGCGGUAUUGAUGAGGCUGGUUGCACUCCCGCGUGUUCCCCCAGCGAGUUCCAGUGCAGUAACAAGACGUGCAUCUCCGCCAUCUUCGUGUGCGACGGGGACAACGACUGCGGGGACGGCAGCGACGAGCGAAAAUGCUCCCCUCUGACCUGCAACCCCAACGAGUUCCAGUGCAACAACAGCGUGUGCAUCCCGGAGCUGUGGGUGUGCGACAACCAGCCGGACUGCGAGGAUCAGUCGGACGAGUCCGUGGAGAAGUGCGGCUACGACGCCAAGGCCCUCAACACCUGCGCGGCCCACGAGUUCCAGUGCGGCAACGGCGAGUGCAUCCACCUGAACUGGAAGUGCGACGGGGACGAGGACUGCAAGGACAAGUCGGACGAGCAGGAUUGCCCUCUGGUGACCUGCCGACCGGAUGAGUUCCAGUGCGGGGACGGGACCUGCAUCCACGGUGCGAAGCAGUGUGACAAGGUGCACGACUGUCCCGACAACAGCGACGAGGCAGGCUGCGUCCAAGAGUCAGCAUGUGAAAGUCCCAGCAAGUUUCAGUGUAAGAGUGGAGAGUGCAUUGACGGAGGCAAAGUGUGCGAUUUCCAUAGAGACUGCAGGGACUGGUCUGACGAGCCUCUGAAAGAAUGUGGUGUGAAUGAAUGCUCUAUGAACAAUGGUGGUUGCUCACACAUAUGUAAAGACUUGAAGAUUGGUUAUGAAUGUGAAUGCCCUCCUGGAUACAAGCUUCUGGAUAAAAAAACGUGUGGAGACAUAGAUGAAUGUGAGAAUCCAGACGCUUGUAGCCAGAUCUGCAUUAAUUACAAGGGGGACUACAAAUGCGAGUGCUACGAGGGAUACGAGAUGGACACCCUGUCCAAGAACUGCAAAGCUGUAGGCAAGAGUCCGUACCUGAUCUUCACCAAUCGCCAUGAGGUCCGUAAGAUAGACCUGGUGAAAAGGGACUACUCUCGCAUCAUUCCCAUGCUGAAAAACGUAGUGGCACUGGACGUGGAGGUGGCAACAAACAGAAUAUAUUGGUGUGAUUUGUUCUACCGAAAAAUCUACAGCGCCUACAUAGACAAAGCGAGCGACACAGCUGAGCAGGUGAUUUUGAUAGACAGCCAGCUGAACUCUCCCGAGGGACUCGCGAUAGACUGGGUUCAUAAGAAUAUCUACUGGACAGAUUCAGGAAACAAGACUAUCUCGGUUGCCACUGCAGAUGGAAGCAGGAGAAGGACACUUUUCAACAGUGACCUUAGUGAGCCAAGAGCCAUUGCUGUCGAUCCCACGCGGAGGUUCAUGUAUUGGUCUGACUGGGGAGACAAAGCUAAGAUUGAGAAAGCAGGCCUGAAUGGCGUGGGGCGGCAAGUACUGGUGACGGACAACAUUGAAUGGCCUAAUGGCAUCACACUUGAUUUGCUGAAUCAGCGUCUCUACUGGGUAGACUCCAAAUUGCAUUCACUGUCCUGCAUUGAUUUCAAUGGCAGCAACAGAAAAGUUCUGAUCUCUUCUGUUGAUGAUCUGAGCCAUCCUUUCGGCUUAGCAGUGUUUGAGGACAGGGUGUUUUGGACUGACCUGGAGAAUGAAGCAAUCUUCAGUGCAAACAGGCUGAAUGGCUUGGACAUCUCCGUUUUAGCAGAAAAUCUCAAUAAUCCUCAUGACAUUGUGGUAUUUCAUGAAUUAAAGCAGCCUAAAGCUCCAGAUUCCUGUGAGCUCAGCCCACAACCAAACGGAGGCUGUGAGUAUUUGUGUCUGCCUGCACCUCAAAUCUCUCUUCAUUCUCCCAAGUAUACAUGUGCCUGUCCAGACAACAUGUGGCUGGGUCCUGACAUGAAAAAAUGCUACAAAGAUCUUCCGGCUACUUCAGCUACGCUACUGGUUUCUACAACCACAGCAUCCCGUACUGGCACUACUCCUACCACAGCUAUUGCGACUGUAAUUGGCAGGGCCAGCAACACCACUGAAGUCACCCUCAAAACUGUAUCAGAAGCUACUAUCACUAUCCCAAGUUUUCGUUUACCUCCAACCACAUCAAUCAUAAUAGAGUCUGAGAUAACCACUGGAAACAGCAAUUUAUCACAGCACUAUGCAAAUAACAGUCAAGGCUUUGAUUCAACUGUGACUGCAGCUGUUAUUGGAAUUGUCAUUCCUGUUGUGGUCAUUGGCUUGCUGUGCAUGGGGGGAUACCUCAUCUGGAGAAACUGGAAACGGAAGAACACUAAAAGCAUGAACUUUGAUAAUCCAGUGUAUAGGAAGACAACAGAAGAGGAAGAUGAAGAUGAAAUCCAUAUUGGGCGGACUGCCCAAAUUGGACACGUCUAUCCCGCACGUGUAGCACUAAGCCUAGAAGAUGACGGAUUGCCAUGAGGAUGAAGUUGCUGCUCCAAACAGAAUGCACUGAACAAAUUUGCUUUGGAUCACAGAACCUGCUUUUUCUUUUUAAUCAUUAUUUAUGUUGCUGAAGGGUAACCACAAAGUUAUAAUGAACUGCAAACAUCCAAAGGAUGUGAGAGUUUUGUAUGUAUAAUCUUUUAUACACAUUUUAACUUGUUGCACUACCCAUUUGUGAUAGUGAAUAAGCAACUGCUGAGCUACUAACUCAAUGUACAUAACCAGCCAGGCUGAAGGUUCAGUAGCUAUUGCUUUAUUUUAAGACUAUAUUUAUAGAUUCUUUGUAAAUAUGUUGAAUAUGCUUUGUGGCUAUCCAUCAACAUAAGUAAAAGAAAUUUAUGUACAGGCAGUUUAGAAAUAUUUAUUAACAAAACCUGGAUUAUAAGAUCUGUUCUGUAAAUAUAGUAGAGGGGUGAGAGUAUUUAUUUUUUGUAUGUUUGGCUUGCUGUGCAUAGAUUAUCUGUGUAUAUAUCUAUCUAGGCUAGAUAGAUAUAUAGGCAUAUAAAUAUAUACAUAUAUAAAAAUAUAUACAUAUAUUUUAAAACUACUAGCCUAAGUUUAUGGAAAUUAGGGAUAAUUGACUUUCUACAGGAUGUUUGAAAAGUUUGCUUUGAAAUCUAAGAAAGAGCUGUACCGUGAGAUAGCUGGUGAACGAAGCACUUCCAGAACAAACAGAACUCUGUUUUUUCAAAACUGUCUCCUAGGGGUUGCUUUUACGUUCUCCGGUCUUUCACGUUCCUCUGCAAUGCUUUUAAUUGAAGAGCUGUUGCUUACAGCAUUUCAGUGAGGAGAAACUCCUACAGCGCCCAUUUUUUUGUUUUGUUGCUUUUUACAGGUUGGCACAAAUUUGGUUUAGGGUAUUUUGUUUGUUGUUUUUAAACGUAAACCUAAAUGCUUUUCCCCAGUGGGACUCUCGCACCUCUCUUACAGUAGCUUAGAAUAAGUAGAAACAAAGAUUUAGUCAUAUACUUUCACACACCCAAAGUGAGCGUUCUCAUAUGGCUGAGCGAGGGUGGGGGGGGCAGAACACAGUAACAAAAGUUGAUUCCUUUUCUACUGGCCCUUUUCCUCCUAUUCUUACUGAAGAGUCCAAAUUUAUGAGAGGCUACGGGGUGUUUCAAUUCACCAUGCAUGGAAUUCAUUGAAGCUCAGCAAGCAUCUUCCAAAUGAAUGCAAAUGGAGAAACUUGCCCCACAGUAGAUCUGACAUACAACAGAGCGCGAGGCAAGGAGGUUAAAGGACCAGUUCGUAGCUUUAUCAAUAUCUUUGAAUUCCAGGAAUCAGCUCUUUGAAAACAAUCCACAGGAAGAACGAAGGGGGAACACAUUCUGAUACAUGCAUGAUAAAUACCUUUCCUCUUUGGUUCCCAAACUUUGUUUCUCGCUCCUGCCACUUCUUGGUAACACAAUGCUGUUAAACCAUUCUCUCCAAGAUAACAAAAGGGUCCAAACUAUGCAUUAUUUCUCCAGAUAUAAUUAGAGUGAACAAAACAGAAUGAAGUUCAAAAUAGUUUACAUAAUCUCGCCUGCUUCUGCAGCAACGGGGAGUCAGGGAACGCUUACAUGUACUCAUUUAUUGGCAGAACUUGUUACGCUCUCCUUCUGUUAAGGAAUUUAAUGUUUGUGCUAUUUUUGCAAUUCAGAGCUACUGAUUUAGGAAGGAGAAAUACAGAAUGCCAUCUCCCUUGCUGUACAAGUUUUGCUUUUCUACACAACUACCACCUGAUUCCUUUCAGUCCCCCCAGAGAGCAUUCAAGGGCCGUGCACUGGGAUAGACAACACUAACUAAGCUUUGUGUUCAGCAAGCUCCCUGUUCUUCACUAUUAAAACCAUUGCAGCUCAUCAGCAGGUGCAAUUCCUCCUCCUUGAAGGCCAGCUUCAUGCACUCCUCCUUUUUUUUCAGUCACAAAAGUAAGGCCGUCUCCAAGGUAGUGUUUUUUCCACCUAGUCCAUCCUACAGAAGCUGAUUUCUAGCACUGCUUUCUAUCUUUCUCUCUGUUUCCUAGCUAGCUUCUGUGAGCUCAGAGUGACUAUGUGGUUUGGCAAGCUUCCUCUGCACCUUGAGGAAAACUCACUGUUCUUUCUCAUUUCAUUUUAUGAGAUAAAAUUCCCAGGCCCCUCUGCUAUUGUACUGACGAUCCCAAUUCUGUGGCACUGGGCAUCUGCACAUCAAAGAUCCCAAUCCAAAAUCGCUGUUAAAGGAAACAUACUUUGAUUUGAAUGGUCCCUGAAUCUAAUCUUAAGUCUGUGGGAAGUAAAUACACUUACCACUGUGCAUGAAGGACCAGCACCUCCUUCUUGUGGGGCCCUAGAACUGUACAAAAAGCUAGGAAAAGCUGCCUAACAGUCUUACAUCAGUCCAAGCUUUCAUAGUCAAGUAAGUACAAGCAAUACAGCCUGGAGAUGGGUUUUCUCUUUUUUUUUAAAAGGAAAAAUUCACACUGUAAUGUGAGAUGGAAGUUGAUUCUUAACUAAGAAAAGGAACAAAGUGGCUAAAGAGCUAUAUAGCGUGCAUUAUGGCAAUACUAAAUAACCUCAAAAUAUUCAUUCCAUGGUCUAAACAGGCAAUAUAUAAAUAAUCAAGCAUCCUUCUAUUCAAAUUUUAGAUUUUUUUUUAAGGCAGUGAAAAAAAAUUAUGAGCUAACAAUUAUUGUUUUAAGGUAUGAAGCUCUGUUUCUACAAACCCAUGCACUGUGUGCAUGAAGAAAAAACUGAGAAAAGGCUGUAUGUGAUAACAUUGUAACUAACAGAAGAAUGUAAAUAUAUUUGAAAGUUCUACAGUUUUGAUACUUUUUUAAAUACACACACAGGCGUGCGCGCGCGCACAC